AUGGCAGCUCGCACCUUUACACAGCCAUCAUCGCUAAACGAAUCCCUGGCAACUCCCACCAUGUCCAAUACCAAUGGUUCUGGACGCUCGAUGGAGGCAGCAAAAGAGUCCCAGCAAGCUUUCUCUGCAGAAGCAAAAGCACCUUUGGCAAACUCCACAAAUCCAAACUCGAAGCCGGGCAUCACAUUUGCUUCUCAGGACAAGCUUCCGAAGCUGCCUAUUCCAGAGCUAGAAGCCUCAUGCAAGAAGUACCUGGCCGCUCUCAAGCCACUUCAGUCGGCCAAAGAGCACAAUGACAGCCAGCAUGCGGUAGAAGACUUCCUUAAAGCGGACGGUGCUGUGCUGCAGGAGAAGCUGAAGAAGUACGCGAGUGGGAAAUCGAACUACAUCGAGCAGUUUUGGUACGAUUCGUACUUGAACUUUGACAACCCGGUGGUGCUCAACCUCAAUCCCUUCUUCCUUCUCGAAGAUGAUCCGACGCCCGCUCGCAACAACCAGGUCACUCGUGCGGCCUCGCUAGUUGUCUCGGCGCUAUCGUUCGUUCGAGCUGUACGACUGGAAGAACUGCCACCCGACACGAUUCGAGGCCAGCCUCUUUGCAUGUACCAAUACUCGAGGCUGUUCGGAACAGCACGAAUCCCCACAGAGAAUGGAUGUCAAAUUGGACAGGAUCCUACAUCGAAGCACAUCGUUGUCAUGUGCUAUGGUCAAUUCUACUGGUUUGACGUCCUCGACGACAACAACGACCUCAUCAUGACUGAGAAGGACAUCACGCUGAACCUGCAGUCCAUCGUAGAAGAUGCGCAAGAGGUUCCCAUCCAGGAAGCUGCAAGGGGGGCAUUGGGUGUUCUCAGCACAGAAAACCGAAAGAUCUGGUCCGGCCUGAGAGAUGUUCUGCACAGAGAAGAAGGCUCGAACAAUUCAGACAGCCUGAACAUCGUUGAUUCGGCCCUGUUCAUCCUGUGUCUAGACUACACAGAGCCACAGAACGGCGCGGACCUAUGUACGAACAUGCUCUGCGGUACUAGCAAGGUCGAGAAGGGCGUGCAGGUCGGCACCUGCACGAAUCGCUGGUACGACAAGCUGCAAAUUAUCGUGUGCAAGAAUGGAAGUGCGGGCAUCAAUUUCGAACACACUGGCGUUGACGGGCACACCGUUCUACGAUUCGCCUCAGAUGUAUACACAGACACCAUCCUACGAUUUGCGCGAACUAUCAACGGCAGUGCACCAAGCCUGUGGGCAACUCAGAGCCCCGACCCUGCGAAACGAGACCCGGACAGCUUUGGUGAUGUUCAAACCACACCACACAAACUGGAGUGGGACAUGGUUCCAGAGCUGAGCACAGCGCUUCGCUUCGCUGAGACACGUCUUGCGGAUCUCAUCCAGCAGAACGAGUUCGCAACCCUCGAGUUCCCACACUACGGCAAGAACUUCAUGACAUCAAUGGGCUUCUCACCUGAUGCCUUCGUUCAGAUGGCUUUCCAGGCUGCCUAUUACGGUCUAUACGGUAGAGUUGAGUGCGUCUACGAGCCAGCCAUGACGAAGAUGUUUUACCAUGGGCGAACAGAGGCCAUCCGCUCGGUCACAGACGAGUCGGUAGACUUCUUGACGACCUUCUGGGGCGAGAACCCGGCAGCCGAGAAGAUCGAAGCGCUUCGCAAAGCAUGCCAAAAGCACACCGAGAACACCAGGGUCUGCGCUAAAGCUCAGGGACCCGAUCGCCAUCUCUACGCCCUCUACUGCAUCUGGCAGCGCGCAAUUGACGAAGACGGCGCUGAGGCAGCCAGCAGCGACGGAUGGGACUCAACGCGUCCUUCAAGCCCUGAUGGCGUUGCAUCCCCAACCCGCAACUCCGUCAUGUCGGAGAAUGGCAGCAUCGCUAGUUCGCCGCCAGCACCGGUACAGCACUCGAUGCCCUCGCUCUUCGCCGACGGCGGCUGGGACAAGAUCAACACCACAAUUCUCUCCACAUCUAACUGCGGUAACCCUUCACUCCGGCAAUUUGGAUUUGGUCCAACAUCAGCGGACGGUUUCGGUGUCGGAUACAUCGUCAAAGACGGCUCAAUCUCCAUCUGCGCAUCCUCCAAGCACCGUCAAACCUCGCGCUACAUCGAAGCUCUCGAGAGCUACUUCCUCGAGGUGCGCAAACUCCUUCGCCAACUAAAGCGCCGUGGUACCAGCACCGACAAAAUGGCCUCCCGUGCACGUGAAGCAGAAGCGCGGCCAACAGCAGGCCGCUUCAAGAGCCGCGGCCGCAACAUCCUGCUCGAGGCAGGCAAGAACCAGACGCCCGCAGAAAGCGUCGCGGAUGACGAUGACGACGAUGGUCUCGGUGGAUACGGAUUCUUCGACGCCGGCAUGCUGCGCCAGGCGCUCAACGCAAACCGCCAGAACCAGGCUGCCGAGCCGGCAGUGGACCGUGACGUGAUCAAGAGGAACGUAGGACGGAGGCUGAGAUUGUCCGAGUACUAG